ACACCGUAGAAUUCACACAGCUAGCGUUAGGCCAUGAGCCCGUCCGAUCAGGUGUUGCUCUUCGUCUGCCUACGGCGUGUUCUCCUGCUCUACGUCACCAUCUCGGCGGUGGCCGGGCAGAGCAUCACCGAGGUCGUCGUCGGUGAUGAGGUGGUGCACGCUGUCACCAAGCUGGUGGUGGGUGGCGGCGGCGUCGACUCCGCAAGGAACAUCACCGAUGUGGACGGUGGCGACAUAUGUCACCGCGAAGUGCACUCCAUCACCGAGGAGGACGGCAACGUCGACGACGACGAGGUGCAGUACGCCAUCACCAACGAGGGCGUCGGUGCCGACGAUGACGGCUCCGACGGAAAGUUGUCAUCAGCGUCCGAGGUUCUUUAUGCGGCUAGUGCGCAGCCGAACACGGCGGCCGCCGGAAAGUGGCACCGCCGCAUCAUGCCCACCGCCCUGCAGCCAGAGCUCAACUCCGACGACGGCCAUGGCCAGCAGUUCGAUCGGACCUUCGACCAAAUCCAAUCAAGCAUCGCCGACAGACUGAUCGCCACGACGAUCAUCGUCAUGCUCAUGGUCGUCACGAAUGGUCGUCGUGCGAGCGAGAGGAAGAAGAGGAGCGGACGGGCGACAUGGUUCUCACCGGCGGCGGCUCUGACGAUGCUGCUGUUGGUCGUCGCUGCGUCUGCCAACUCUGCGACGGCGGCGCGGCCGUUGCCCGCCGCCGGCGGCGGCCAUAACGAAGCUGCUGCUGCUGCAGCAGCAUCUGGGACGAUGCCGCUGAAGGCGGCAGCACCAGGACACUCAUCAUGUACAACAGAUCCCAAUACGCAGCAGCCUGUGCGUUGUAUUCCCCACUAGCUACAUAUCUGAGUAUAUACCAUGUGAUAUAUAGUUACUAUAUAUUACUAUAUAAAUAAAGUUAUGUAGUAGUAGAUGAUAUGAUUGAAAUUAUCAAUAUAAUCGUGUGGGUUUUGUAAUA